CCGCUUCGCCGUUUCGCGGCAUUUGGCGACACCUGCGCUCGGCGGCGGGCGGCAGUGUGGCACCAUGGCGUCGCUCUUCAGCGGGGCCUUGCAGCUGACGGACCUGGACGACUUCAUCGCGCCGUCUCAGGAUUGCAUCAAGCCCAUGAGGGUGGAUAAGAGGCCGGGAAGUGGCGUAGCCAAGAUCCACGUCGAAGAUGACGGGAGUUACUUCCAAGUCAGUCAGGAUGGAGGGACAAAGAAGCUGGAGAGGGCCAAGAUCUCGCUGGACGACUGCCUGGCGUGCAGUGGCUGCGUCACUUCGGCAGAGACCGUGCUCAUCACUCAGCAGAGCCACGAGGAGCUGCGGAAGGUUCUAGGUGCUAAUAAGAUGGUGGCGCCCGAUCAGCAGAGGCUGGUUGUCAUCUCGGUCUCUCCCCAGUCCAGAGCAUCGCUGGCUGUGAGAUUUCAGCUGAAUCCUACAGACACUGCCAGGAAAUUAACUGCGUUCUUUAAAAAAAUAGGGGCACACUACGUGUUUGAUACCGCCUUCUCGAGGAACUUCAGCCUCCUCGAGAGCCAGUGGGAGUUCGUGCGGCGAUUCCGAGCACAAGCCGAUUCCAAGCAGGCCUUGCCUGUGCUGACUUCCGCCUGCCCAGGCUGGAUCUGCUACGCCGAGAAGACCCACGGGAACGUCCUCCUCCCCUACAUCAGCACCGCCCGGUCCCCGCAGCAGGUCAUGGGCUCCCUGGUCAAGGACUUCUUCUCCCAGCAGCAGCCUUUGCUGCUGGGGCCAGGCAGCUGCACCACUGCCGUGUUCUCCACGCAGCAUUUGACCCCCGACAAGAUCUACCACGUGACGGUGAUGCCCUGCUACGACAAAAAGCUGGAAGCCUCCAGACCCGACUUCUUCAGCCAAGAGCACCAGACACGCGAUGUGGAUUGUGUCAUCACAACAGGAGAAGUCUUCAAGCUGCUGGAAGAAGAAGGGGUCUCGCUGUCAGAGCUGGAGUCGGCUCCCCUGGACAGUCUGUGCAGCAGUGUAUCUGCCCAGGAGCCUACCAGCCAUCAGGGUGGGGGCUCGGGGGGCUACCUGGAGCACGUGUUCCGGCAUGCAGCCCAGGAGCUCUUUGGAAUCCACGUCACUGAAGUCACCUACAGACCCCUGAGGAACAAGGACCUCCAAGAGGUGACUCUGGAGAGGGAGGGCCAGGUCCUGCUGCACUUCGCCGCGGCCUACGGCUUCCGCAACAUCCAGAACCUGGUACAAAAGCUCAAGCGAGGGCGCUGCCCAUACCACUAUGUGGAGGUCAUGGCCUGCCCUGCAGGCUGCUUGAAUGGUGGAGGCCAGCUCAAGGCCCCUGACAUGCCUGGCAAGGAGCUUCUGCAGCAGGUUGAGAGGCUAUACAGCAUGGUCAGGACCGAGGCACCAGAGGACGCGCCUGGAGUCCAGGAGCUAUAUGGGCACUGGCUGCAGGGCGAGGGCUCAGAGCAGGCCAGCCGCCUGCUGCACACAAGCUACCACGCGGUGGAAAAGGCUGGCUCCAGCCUCAGCAUCAGGUGGUAGGAGGCCUCAAGGAUCCACCCGGCCCAACACAGCCAGCACCGGGACUCCCAGGAAGGCAUGUGGAGUCUCCAGCAGGGAAGUCGCCCGAGACCCCAGGGCAUACCCCCAAAAUGCUGGAUGAGAUGUGGGGACAUUGGGACCCACAUAGAGAUGGGACUCAGGACCCCCAGCCAGUAAAGGUGACUUCAAGCCUGUGCUCACCUGGACUCCCCGCUGCAGGGGGCCAGAGGUUCUACCACCUGCUGGAACCUCUCCAUGGGCCCAGAGCCCUAGAGGUGCCCUGACUCCUCCUGGUUGUGGUGGCCUAAGCUGUGAGGGUUUCAGCUCAUCCUGUGGGGAACUUAAGGGAGAGAAAAGGGGGGGUUCCUCAUCCCCCAUUUCUAGAGUCACCUGAAGCUGCGAUGUGGAGGGUGGUGAUAGGCUGGACCUGCCAGGCUGGUCAAGCUCACAGCAGAGCUUGGGGAACCCUGCCACGCUGGGCAGCAGAGGACACUGGCAGGAGACAGGCACCUGGUCCAUGACCCCAGCUGGGGAUGGGUGCUCCCUCCACCUAGAACCAGGUGUUCGAAGAAGCUGCGGUCUCUGGGGCUUGAGAACCUCUGUCUUGGGGGCUGAGUCCAGGUGGGAAGGACUCUUGCUAUCAGGCCUCAGUGGUCUCGCUGGCUGAGUCCUGUGUCCACAGCUGGACCCCCACUUAAGGGGCAGGGGGAGGGCAGAUUGCAUUCAGCCCACCAGGCCUGGGCCCGAAAAGCUCACUUCUAGUAAAGGGGACUCUCUCUGAAA